AUGUAUCAGAGCCAACAUUGUCCAGGUCAACUUACAUCAUGCUAUGGCAGCAACAGCGGUCAUAGAAAACCUCUUCCGCAAAACGACCUGGACCUUGCUCUGAUACAAGAGCCAUGGCUCAACAAAGCCACGCCUUUAGGCCUCAAUGCCUCAGGUAAUAUUCUUUUUAAUACCACUGGCACUAAACCUAGAGCAUGCAUUCUUUUUAAUAAGAAACUAGAUUUUCUGACUGUUCCAGAACUAUGUACAGAUGACCUAGUGACAGCCUUCGUCAAUUUCCCUGGAUGCACAGGGUCAAAAGUACUGGUCUGCUCUGCAUACCUACCUGGACAUGAUGAAAACAACAAAAUCAUCAAAGACCCGACAACCGGCCUACAGCCUGUGGUGGAAUACGCCCGUAAGCACAAGGCCGAACUCCUCGUGGGCUGCGAUGCAAACGCCCAUCACACAAACUGGGGAAGCUCUGACAUCAACACCAGAGGUAAGUCACUUGAUGAUUUUAUACUAACCAACUGUCUUCAAAUCCUAAAUACAGGGUGCACACCGACGUUCGUCACUGCCACAAGACAAGAGGUACUAGAUAUAACACUCGCGACCGACAAACUGGCCGAAUAUAUCACUCAUUGGCAUGUCAGCAAUGAGAACUCCAUGUCUGAUCACAAGCACAUCAGAUUCACAAUUGAGGCUGCAACAGACUCAAACCCCAUACUCUACAGAAACCCAAAGGCUACAGAUUGGCCUAAAUACAGAGACAGUCUUACAAGCCUAAUUGCGGACCUUCCGAAGAGUAUCGAAUCUCCUCUAGAACUAGAAAUCGCUGUGGACAUACUUCUAAGUGGCAUAAUAAGUGCCUACCAGAACAACUGUCCCAUCAAAACCAAAACCGCCAAAUGUAAAACACCCUGGUGGAAUAAGAGUCUAGAAAAGCUGAGGAAGAAAACUCGCAAAUUAUCCAACAGGGCUAAAAAGGGACCUUUCGAAUGGGCCCAAUAUAGUAAAGCCCAAACGGAAUACUACUGCGAAAUUAGGAAAGCCAAAAGAGCAUCAUGGCGUGCUUUCUGCGAGGAGAUAACUCAGACUCCCCAAGGAUCCAGAUUACACAAAAUGCUUGCCAAGGCGCCAAAUAACCAAAUUGGACUUAUGAAAAGGCCCAAUGGUACCUAUACGACAUCAGAGGAAGAAACUCUACAGCUGCUAUCUACAACCCACUUCCCUGGUUCGGUUCAUAUCUCAAGAGAUAAGGAGAAUCCUCCAAGCUCACAUCUACAAAAGCCCAACCAUGAGGCGUGGAACAGAGCUGCGAGGAAUUUCGACCAAAACAAAUUAGAUGGGCUAUAA